UCGCCCGCCCGCAUCGACAAACACUACCAACCCAAGCAACCCCCGUCCUCCUUCCUUCCCCAAGUCCCCAACCCCCCUCGCCUCUCCCCUCCCCAAACCCUACACACCUCGCCCCGGCGGUGCUCCGCCGUCCCCGCCGCGCAGCCCCAUCGCGCCGCCCCGGCCCGGCCACGCGGACCAGUGACCGCCUCCCCACCGAAAGGUACCGCGCCGUGCGGCGGGUCGCGCAGACGGCCACCCCCCACUCGGCGCCGCCCGCCGCCGCCGCCUUUGAUGUCUCCCACCUGCGACCUCGGCUUCCUCUGGCCCCGGUCGCAGAAGAGCUCCCAAGAGGUUCCCCGAGCGGCCACUUCCGGCGCCCAGAGAUUGGCCUCCCCACCGCAGCCGAGAUGAGUGGCGGCGGCAGUGGCAGCGGCAGCGGCGACAAGAUGUUGCUGUUCGGGUCCUUUACAGAGGAUGAGACGAAGUUGUUCCAGGGUCAGCCUCUCAAAAGUCCGACUAAAAGUGCGACCAAAUCAUGGGAACAUCCAGAGAUCCAGUUUGGCUCGCUGAACUUUUCAGUUCUGAGUCUACAGAAAGCAUCAAGUCCUAUUGCUAAAGGUGUUGUUCUUCCUGCAAAAUCAGCAGAUGCUCAGAGCAGUGUCAUUACAAAAGAGAAUGCAUGCAGUAAUAAAAAGGAAGCUGUAGGAUCUAGCUUUCCAAAUGGUGGACCAGUUCUGGCUAAUGGAUGCCCCCUUGUGAAUGUUUUUCCUAACAAUGUUGUAUUAGAGAAUGUGAAGAAGACGGAGGCUGUUGUUCCUCCAGCUAUGCCUGUUGCUCCUCCAGUUGUUACUGCCAAAAGCAUCAGCAAUGCUGCACCACAUGCAGUGUCAGAGGUGGACAAGGAAAGCACCAAAUCCACUCAAAACAGAAAGUUAGAUAAGGAAAAGGAAAUAACUGAAAAUGGAAGCCCAGUUGUUGAUACACCUAUUGUUGCAGCUUCAGCAGAUGAGGCGGUCACAAGCUUAAACAAGAAAGCCUCUCAGAACAUGCCCCUGCUUCCUCAUGGUUUGAGGAAUACAGGAAAUAUUUGCUUCUUGAAUGCAACUUUGCAGGCAUUGCUUUCGUGCCCGCCUUUUGUCCACCUUUUACAGGAUUUGAGAAACCGAAGUAUACCUAAGGUUGGCUACCCAACUCUGAGUGCUUUUGUUGAGUUCCUCUCUCAAUUUGAUGUGCUUGACGAAUCAGUUAUGAAGAAAAAUGAGAAGGCUGUUACAGUUGCUGCAAAACCACUUAAUCCUGCCAUGUUCGAUACUGUUCUCAGAAACUUUACUCCGGAUGUGCCGGCUGGAACAUCUGCUCGGCCAAGGCAAGUGCUUGCUGAUUCUGUUCUUAGGCAAGAAGAUGCUCAAGAGUUUUUAAGUUUUGCCAUGAAUAGAAUGCAUGAUGAACUGCUGAAGCUUAAUGGCAAUGGUUCGAAUUCAAAGGAGGGUAUGGUUGUUUCUUCUGCCGACGAUGAUGCUUGGGAGACUGUUGGACGAAAGAACAAAUCUGCAAUAGUUAGAACUCAGAGUUUUGUUCCAUCCGAACUAAGUUCUAUUUUUGGGGGGCAACUACAGAGUGUUGUGAAAGCUGCAGGUAACAAAGCAUCAGCUACAGUUGAGCCCUUCCUACUUCUCCAUCUUGAUAUAUUCCCAGAUGCUGUUCAGACACUGAACGAUGCACUUCAUCUUUUCUCUGCUCCUGAGUCUUUAGAAGGAUACAGAACAGCUGCUGGAAAGGCUGGUGUGGUGACUGCUAGAAAAUCAUUCAAGAUACACGCGCUUUCAAAGAUAAUGAUACUACACUUGAAGAGGUUCAGUUAUGGAAAUCAUGGGAGCGCUAAACUUUAUAAGCCACUCCACUUCCCUCUGCAGCUGGUUCUUAGUCGUGACCUGCUGAGCUUGCCGUUGUCAGAGGGUAGAAAAUAUGAACUUGUUGCGACCAUCACUCAUCAUGGGAGGGACCCAUACAGGGGGCACUACACUGCUCAUGCAAAGCAUGCCAACGGCCAGUGGCUUCGAUUUGACGAUGAUGCUGUCGCCCCUGUGGGCCAGAACGAGGUCUUGCAUGACCAAGCAUAUAUCCUGUUCUACCAGCAAGUCUGAAAGUACCACGCAGUUGAUUAAUAGCCCUUAUUGCUGCUGCAAGCAUGAUUAACCUGUUUGGAAAGCUUCAAAUCAUUUCGGUUUCAUGGUGGCAUGGCCCUGUCAUGGAGUCCUUGCCCUUGAAUCCAACAUGUCAAGGAAGGUGUGAAGUGAAUACGCUUUCGUCUGACCUGAAGUAUUGUUUUGAGAAAAGUCUUUGUUCUGAUUCAUACACACUUGUUAUGUCCACUGUAGUAUUUCCACUUAUUAUUAGGAGUUGUUGAAACAAAUGUUUCACAAGCCAUGAAGGGAAUUGUGUGAAAAGAUUGCGACAAAUGGACGGGGCUGGUUGGCUGCUACACCUGGCAAGCUGAUUUCGGAAAAGAAUGUAGCGAACUGCAAUCGGUUAGGCCUGCUGUUAGUCAGUGCAGUUGUGGCAUUUUUUUUUGAAACUCAGUUGUGGCAUUCUUGAUUCCCAGAAGUUUUGUGGUACUAUUUUUCAAGCUUUCAAAAUUAUGUGGUUCAUCAGUGUUUUCUAUUA